GCGGCCCCGGCGGGGCCCUACGACGUGCUGGUCGUGGGCGGCGGCCACGCGGGGACGGAGGCGGCGGCGGCGGCCGCCAGGACCGGCUGCCGGACGCUGCUGCUCAGCCACCGCGUCCACGCGCUGGGUCAGAUGUCAUGCAAUCCCUCUUUUGGAGGCAUUGGAAAGGGACAUCUAAUGAGGGAGGUCGACGCCCUGGAUGGUCUCUGUGGUCGGAUCUGUGACCUGUCUGGGGUUCAUUACAAAGUACUGAAUAGGCGGAAAGGCCCAGCCGUAUGGGGUCUCAGGGCCCAGAUCGACAGGAAACUCUACAAGCAGAAUAUGCAGAGGGAGAUCCUGAACACUCCGUUGUUGACAGUUCAAGAAGCGUCCGUAGAGGAUCUUAUCCUGACAAAACCAGACUCCGGCUAUCCGGGAAAAUGCCGCGUCAGUGGGGUCGUUUUGGCUGAUGGCAGCAAAGUGCCUGCCGAGAGCGUGAUCCUCACUACUGGCACAUUUUUGAGGGGCAUGGUCCUAAUCGGAUUGGAAGAGCAUCCAGCAGGACGUUUAGGGGAUCAGCCCUCCGUUGGGCUGGCUCAGACUCUGGAGGAAUUGGGGUUUGUGCUGGGGAGACUGAAGACAGGAACGCCACCCCGAAUUGCCAAGGAUUCUGUGAAUUUCAGCAUUCUGAAGAAAACCACACCCGACAACCCCCCUGUGCCAUUCAGUUUCCUCAGUGAGAAGGUCUGGAUUCGGCCAGAGGACCAGCUGCCAUGUUACUUGACAUUCACCAACUCUGAAGUGGAGCAGAUCGUCCGAGAAAAUAUUCACCUCAAUAAUCACGUAAAGGAGACAACGAGAGGACCAAGGUACUGUCCCUCUAUUGAGUCAAAGGUCUUGCGCUUUCCAAAUCGGGUGCAUCAGAUUUGGUUAGAACCUGAAGGUCUAGAUUCUGAUCUCAUCUACCCUCAAGGAUUAUCGGUGACACUUCCAGCCGAGCUCCAGGAACAACUGAUCACUCGCAUCAAGGGCUUGGAGAAAGCCAAGAUAGUGCAGCCAGGUUACGGGGUACAGUAUGAUUUCUUGGAUCCCCGUCAGAUCACUCCUUCCCUGGAGACCAAAUUGGUUCAGCGGCUCUUCUUUGCCGGGCAGAUCAAUGGUACUACCGGUUAUGAAGAAGCUGCAGCUCAAGGAGUGGUAGCCGGGAUCAACGCCAGCCUGAAAGUCCGUGGCAAACCUCCGUUUAUCAUCAGCCGCACGGAAGGCUACAUUGGGGUCUUAAUCGACGAUCUUACCACUCUGGGCACCAGUGAACCCUACCGGAUGUUCACCAGUCGGGUGGAGUUUCGUCUGUCUCUGCGACCUGAUAAUGCCGACAGCAGGCUUACAUUUCGAGGCUAUGAGGAAGCUGGCUGUGUGUCCCGACAGAGGUAUGAACGAGCCUCUAUGGUGAAGUCUUCUUUAGAGGAAGGAAUUUCCGUCCUGAAAUCUGUCCAGUUCUCCAGCACGAAAUGGAGCAGACUCAUCCCAGAGCUUCCCAUCAGCCUCAGUAAAAGCGUCCCUUGCAGCGCUCUGGACAUACUAACGUACGAAGAGGUCGACCUGGAGAAACUAGCGAAAGUGAUUCCCGAUCCCUUAAAGAAGUUUGUUGAAAGUAGAGAACUAACAGAGAGACUAAAAAUAGAAGCCAUAUAUGAAACGAUGAUAUCUCUUCAGCAGCAAGAAAUAGAAGAAGUGCGGCGAGAUGAAGCUCUCCAACUACCUGAAGACUUAGAUUACAUGAGUAUCCAGACCGUGUCGCUCUCCCACGAAGUGCGUGAGAAACUGAAUUCUAAUCGCCCGCGGACGAUUGGAGCUGCAAGCCGCAUCCCCGGCGUAACUCCAGCUGCGAUCGUUAAUUUGUUGAGAUUUGUGAAAAGCAGUCAGCGAACGGAGGAGGCUCUUGGAGAUUUCCCUCAAACCGCUCGUCACGGAUGUGGCACGCACAGACCGCAAAGGAGAAAAUUAUAGCAUUCGGCUCUCUGAGACUUUGUGAAGAGCCUCUGAAGUUCAAACAGUUGCACAAAGGAGUGAAGCGGAGUUAUUAGAACAUAUAAUUUGCUACCCGAGUAGCUUAUUGCAUGACUAUAGGGUUCUUAUCGCUUGUAUGGCACAGCGAAGGGCCAAACUUCUAUCUCAGUUACUGAUGUAAUUUUUUUCGAGUGGGAUGCAGUGCCCGAUAGCAAGUGAGCAAGCUAUACUAUUUAUUUUUUAAUCGGUGAUAAAAUGCGCUGAUUCACAUUGCCCCUAGGUGCCUGCCCGAUAUUUCGUAUGAAAUCUAAGAAACCAAAAAAGGCCAAAAAAGGAUCUCACCCAAAAGAACUCCUCUGUCAAGGAAUACCGAUCGCAAGCCGAGUCUUGCGAUAUGAAUCACGGUAAAUUUUUAGCAGACUGGAAGAAGAAGAAAAAGGAGCUCCAAACAAUAACUGAGAUGUGGAAGGAGAAAAUCGAUCUCAAGGAAAACCAUUUGCAGCUGUGAUACUCAUUUACUGUGCCCAUUUGAGUCGAUGAUUUGAAAUCGGCGGUUCUUGAUUUAAUCUUAGAGGAUUUUUUUUUCAAUUAAAUCUAGUAAGAAUGUGAAUAUAAAUGGCAUUUGAUGUCUCACAGAAGAGCAAUUUUCUCACA